UGCAGGCCAUUCGCUGCACACUGGUGAACUGCACAUGUGAGUGUUUCCAGCCCGGAAAGAUUCACCUAAGAACAUGUGACCAGUGCAAACACGGCUGGGUAGCUCAUGCUCUGGACAAGCUCAGCACCCAGCACCUGUACCACCCUACGCAGGUAGAGAUAGUUCAGUGCAACGUGGUGUUCGACAUCAGCAGCCUGAUGCUAUAUGGGACCCAGGCCGUACCCGUGAGGCUCAAGAUUCUACUCGAUCGCCUUUUCUCCGUGCUGAAGCAGGAAGAGGUGCUGCACAUCCUGCACGGCCUGGGCUGGACCCUCCGAGACUACGUCAGGGGCUACAUACUGCAGGAUGCUGCAGGCAAGGUGCUGGACCGCUGGACCAUCAUGUCCCGAGAAGAAGAGAUCAUCACCCUGCAGCAGUUCUUGCGCUUUGGUGAGACCAAGUCCAUUGUGGAACUGAUGGCCAUUCAGGAGAAGGAAGGUCAAGCGGUUACUGUUCCCUCCUCCAAGACAGACUCUGGGAUUAGGACAUUCAUUGAAAGCAACAACAGAGCACGCAGCCCUGGGCUCUUGACACAUCUAGAAAACAGUAGCCCAUCCAGUAUUCACCAUUUUGAGAAUAUCCCCAACAGUUUAGCAUUCCUCCUGCCCUUCCAAUACAUCAACCCAGUCUCUGCCCCUAUGCUUGGCUUGCCACCCAAUGGCCUGCCUAUGGAACAGUCUGCUCUCCGGCUCCGUGAGCCGAGCCUGCCAAAUCAAGGUGAACAGCUGGAGACCAGUGAAUCAGAAGUGUCCCUGUCACCCUUCCGCACAGGACAGAGCCCCAGCCGUGGAGCCCUGGGAGGGAUGAACAACAACAUUGAGCCCAAGACAGAGCCCAACAACCGGGCAUCUCCCAUCUCACCAACCCCUUCCACCCAGCAGGCUCAACAACAGCAGCAACAGCAGACACAGCUACAGCAGCAGCAGCAGGGCCAACAGCAGUCCCAAAAUCAACCUCAACAAAACAGUUUGAGUGAUCACCAGGUCCACCACCAUUUUGUAAAGGACGAGCACUCUAAAUCAAUCUCUCAUGCAUCCUUUUCCUCUAAGAUGCAUCGCAUGCGCAGAAUGGGAUCAACCUCACGCAAGGGUCGUGUGUGCUGCAACUCUUGUGGCAAAACCUUUUAUGACAAAGGUACCCUUAAGAUACAUUAUAAUGCUGUACACUUGAAGAUUAAACACCGCUGCACCAUUGAAGGCUGUAAUAUGGUUUUCAGCUCACUACGCAGCCGCAAUCGACACAGUGCCAAUCCCAAUCCAAGGUUGCAUAUGCCCAUGUUGCGCAAUAACCGUGACAAGGACCUAAUCCGUUCCAAUUCAGCCCCUGGUACACCUGUCAUUUCAAGCACCAAGAACGGUGGUUUUACACUCACCAGCCCUGGAAGACCACCACUUGGAUUCAGUACUCCACCAGUUGACCCUAUGCUUCAAUCACCCCUGCAAAGCCCACUGAUGUUCCCCACCCUGAAGUCAGUACAGCCAGUCCAGCCCGUGCCCCCCUUCUACCGUACACUACUGUCCCCUGCAGACCUCGUCAGUCCCCCAGUGUCACUACCCACUAGCCCUAUUCUGCCCACUACCACCAACAGUACAUCCCUGAUGGACCAACAACAACACAUCUUGGCUGCUGUGGCUUCACACAAUAAUGUUCAUGUAUCAGACAUAGGACCCAUGUCCCACCGCUUACAUACAUCUAGUGCCAAUCACGAUUUCACAACUGGCAUAAGUGACCCUACACCCAAAAAGAAGCCUCGUAAAUCGAGCAUGCCAGUAAAAAUUGAGAAGGAAGUAAUUGAUGUUGCAGAUGAAUAUGACGACAAAGAUGAUGAUGACGACUGUCACCUCCACCAUAACCACCAUAAUCACCAAUCAUCGAUCCUUCACAACAAUGUCAAAAUGAAUGGCAACUGCAACAGCAACAACAACAGUGGUGUUGGUAAUCACAGUGGUGGCAGUGGGCAACAAUCCCCUUCCCAGGAUGAGAUGAGCCCUGGCCUAGUUAUGAGAGGCACAAUGAGACAGAGUGAAGAUGAAUGCAGGGAAGGGACUGGUAGUGACAGUAGGGGUGGAAAUGAUCUACAAGGCUCUGGCGAGCUCCGAUGUAUGGACAGUUUCACUUCUGAGGACCAGGACCAUGAGAGAGACUUUGAGAACGAAUCUGAAACUUCUGAUUCCAAGAUGUUCUUCCGUGAUGAGUUGAUAGAUGUGGAUGAACAGCAAAAACACAUCAGGGGCAGAAGGGGUCUGGACCCUGAACAGGACGAUGAGGGUGGUGAGGAGGCCAAUUUGAGAAAGGAAAUGGAAGGAAAGGGUCAUUCCUCCCCUCAUCAGCCCCCGAUCAAGAUCAAAGAAGAACUUAACGACCCUACGUAUGAUAUGUUCUGCAUGGGCCAAUAUGGCCUCUACAAUGGUGGCAUGGCAGCAGCUGCUGCUGCUGCUGCGAGCAUGGCUGCUCUUCACGAGAGCUUCAUCUCUUCAAUGGGCUAUGGUGCCAGUCCGCCAAAAUUUCCUUCUUCUCAAUCACCAGAGGGAGACCCAUGCUCAAGUCCUGAUCCCAAAAUUUGCUAUGUUUGUAAGAAGAGCUUCAAGAGCUCAUAUAGCAUGAAACUACACUACAAGAAUGUGCACCUCAAAGAGAUGCAUGUGUGCACUGUGGCUGGCUGCAACGCGGCCUUUCCUUCCCGGCGAAGCCGUGACAGGCACAGCUCCAACAUCAACCUGCACCGCAAACUGCUGACCAAAGAGCUGGACGAUAUUGUCCUGGACCCCCAACUCACGCCACUGCCCAAGGACCUGCGAGCCGAGUUACUUGCAAAGAUCUAUGCCGGGCACCACAUGGGCAUGGACCCUAUGGCCAGGAUGGGCAUGGGAGGCGCCAGCCUCGGGCCCACUGGCCUGAACCACCAUGUCCGUUCCCCAAUGAGCAUCGACUACCCCCACCACCCUCUCAACCAAAACCUUAGAUACCACCACACAAAUGGCUUCUCCCGAGGCCAGCCAGAGGACUACAUGGUAUUGGACCUGAGCACCACAUCCAGUGUUCAAUCCAGCAGCAGUAUCCACUCCUCCCAUGAGUCAGACGAGGGCAGCGAUGAGGGCAUCCUGUUGGAUGACCUGGAGGGGGAAGAGGGAGAGGAGGAGGAGGAGGAGGGCAACAGUGCGGGGGAGGACUGCUCCCAGCGAGCUGAAGGGCGGGCUGAAGGGAGGAAUCUGGAUGAGACUGGAGAGCUAAGAGGAGAUGGACAAGGUGAGGGGAUGGAAACUUCCUCCUCACCAUUCCUCCUUUCAUCCACCGGGGGCAAUAUUGGCAGCGGUGGGAUCCUCUGCAACAUCUGCCACAAAAUGUACAGCAACAAAGGGACUCUGCGUGUGCACUACAAGACUGUGCACUUGCGCGAGAUGCACAAGUGUAAAAUCCCCGGUUGUAACAUGGUGUUUAGCUCCGUGCGCAGCCGUAACCGACACUCUCAGAACCCCAACCUCCAUAAAAACAUGCCCUUCUCCACAAUAAUAGACUGAAUAAUGACUUGUUACUCUACCCUGCUGUCAGUCUGCCUGCUCCUCCCUUCAUUCCUCAUCCUUAUUCCUCCUCAAAUUAGCUUUUAACCCCAGCCCAGGGCCAUGAAAUACAAGCUCAAUGCCUGUAUACCUCCUGCCCGCCCUCAAUAAAUCAUAGCAAGACGUUUCUAUGUCCCUCUAUUAAAUUCAUUGACUGUAAUUACAGUUUAAUAUUGUGACAUUUGACUUUUCCUUCUUUGGAAGAACAGGACGAACACGCUCUUAAGCAUGGAGUUUCCUUUAUUACAAAACUCCACUUCUGUUUUGUUUUUUUCAUAAGCCCCUCCACCUUUCCUUUCAAACGUCUCCCCACUUUGUUUUGAUGUCCGUCUACAAAGAAUCUAUUCAAACUCUUUUUUGUGACUUUGCCUGCAGAAAUGAUAGUAUUGAGAAAAAAAAUGAAAAUCUUCUUGUUGUAUUUGUGUAAUGAUAGCUUUUAAAUGAACCCCUUACAAAAGCAUGACAGCUUCAUUUGUAAAUAAUGUCCCAAGAGGCUUUUGGUGUAAAAGACUUGUGUUGAUGGUUGUUUGCUUCUUUUUUUCUCUCCUCUUUAUGGUUUUAUGUUACAGUCCAGUACAACACUUCCAGCUAUAGGCAAGAAAGAGGUAGCAUCGUACUAGCUUUAUUCAUUUAUGUUAGCUUCAAAGACACGUUUUAAACUGAGUCCUAGGGAAAAAAAAGAAUAUCAUGUGGCUUGUUUUAUCUACUUGUUAGAUAUCCAGAGGUUGCCGGCAUGCUUUUUUAGGCUCCUACACUGAUAUCAUUCUCUGUAUUUCUAUUGAUUUUUGUUAGUUUGUUAUGUUUAUGAGCUUUAGUAUACGAUUUCAGUUUUUGCACUUUGCAUCUAUACAAGGGGAUGUGUAAUAUUAUUAUAAUGAGGACUUUUGCAAUGGUAAGUUUAGGUGUUGUUUAGGGUCAUCGAUGGCUACAGUGCCAAGGGAAAUGUCAGUAUCUUCACCAUACUUGUGCCAGUUUCUUUUUGCACGCCAAACACAGUUUUGACAACAUAAAAUCCUCUUGCCUCCCUGAACAAAAACCCCAAAUCUUUCUCUAUUGCCAAACAACAAGUUUAUCAAAAUGUCUCCAAAGUGUCUUGUUUUGUAACAAAGCCAAGUGUGACUGAUUAUAAACUGCUGUUUCACAAACACAGAGGAGUUAAACGUUCAUAAAAGUCUCUCCUUUUUCUACUUUAGGAAAUUACUUGUGUAUUGUUGCCAGUUAUGAUAACAAUAUUGACUUCACACAUUCAAUGGGGUAAUCUGUGUAAAGCAUGACAUUAUUGUGACAUUGUCAAACAAAGUUACAGAUGCAAGUUACAGAUGCACUUAUGUUCGUUCUCAGAAAAAAAGCAUCUUAGUGAAACAAAGCUGUCCCAUAGAUUUGAAAGAAAAAAAGAUGAAAGUAGUCCUUCAACUGUGACCAAAACAAGAGUGUUUUUAGUGUGACCUUGUACUUAAAUCUGACCUAUUGGAUUAAUAUGAUGCACUUGAGUCUUAAAUAUUUUGUUGUGAUAUUUUCAGUAUUGGUUUCCAGUGCUUACUGUCGGCUACAAAUGUACUCUACAAUAAUGUAGGGUUUUUUGUCUGGCCGUUAGUCAAAGCCAUUUUGUCCAUGAUUCUCGCGGUACAAAUAUUUCCAGUAACUGGGCAAAGUAGCCGAGGGAAGGGGUAUUUAUUGGUAGGUGAUGUAUCGUCAUGAAGACGUUUUUGUCCAGUAUAAGAAUUUUUUUUUUUUUUGUAAAAAGAUACAAAAUAGAGUUUGUUUUUUUUUCCCACAGUUUGACUUCUUUAUCAUGUAUGAACAAUGUCAUGUGUUACAAAACAAGGAGAUCUUCUCUUACUUGACUGGUGCUACACACAGAGGGAAAAAAUAUGCAGUGAUAUGUGGUGUGCUGUACAGUAUUCAAAAACACCUUAGAUCCAUAACAGUGUUCACUUCCAUUUGUUUCAUACUUAAGCCAUUUUGCAAUAUAGACAUGACCUAUUCCAGUGAAAUAUGUCAUGUCUUUUUUUUAAGACUCCUCCACCUCAAUGACACAUGCAGUUUUCAGUCCUCUGUUCUUUGAGAUAAAAUGAGCGAAGCAGAGAAGUGAGGCUGAUGGAAAGGUUGCGGAGGUGGAAGGCUGACUAGGGAGGAAAGGAUGACAGCAAGGAUCAUUAAAAAUGUGCUGCUUCUCUGUUACCUGGAGGCGUCCCUGCCAUUCCAGCUUCUUCUGUCUAAUAACUCACUUGUCACUUCGUUACACUGCAAGACGCUAAGGUUGCUGACAAGACUGUGACACUGACAGAGAAAAAGGAGAGAGAUCGUGUGCUCUGAGCAAUUCAAUUACACACAUUCAGUUAAAUUCAAAUUAAUUCACAGAUUAAAUUUCUACACGUGCUUUAUCUUAAAGCAGCCGCUGAUAAUUCAAUUCCUUUCUCCCACUCUGUUUCUUUUUUGUCUGUCAGAGCACAGUCAUUUAACAACCGCCUUACCCAUUUCUUCAACCCGCCACUCACUUACCACCUCCACACCCCACAGCGCAGGUCCUACAGGGACACACACUAAUAGUGUAUGCUUAAGUUCACCGGACGGCCAUGGCAUAGGAAAAAGGGAUGGGUAAUUGCCUGUUUAUCCCAAGUGAAGGGAAAAUUGAGUACAGGAACCCCUGCCUUCUCCCAGGAGUGGGUUUCACUGAGGCGCUUGCUGCCUCAUUCACUCAUUCAAUCCCCCCGGCCCUCGCUCUGGCAGAAAUAAAAAAGUGCUACUCCAGGAACCCCGCUGACAGCUGUCUCUCCAACACACGCACAAACACACACACACACACACACACACACACACACACACACACACACACACACACACACACACACACACACACACACACACACACAAACACACACACGCAUCAUGAGGAGGACCGUGACACUCACUCACAUGUGCUUCCUACUUACAGGCCAGAAGGAUGACAAGAUCUAGAUGACUUGUUAACCUCUAGUGAUGGAGAAGGCAGAGACAAAUCUAGAGUAUUCUCACCACAGGAAAUUAAACUCUCAUUCUAGCAUUAACAUUAUAGCUGCUGCCACGACAGAGAAAUCUAACAUUCCAUCAUUGAGAGUGGUGAGAGGAAGCACUGAGUCAGACAUGGGAAGGUGAAGCUCUCAUUACUAGUUCAUAUUAUAAAGCCUAACAUGAUUAAAGCUAAUUAUUAUUACACACACUUAUCAAAGACGACAUCAACAGAUUUAGAAAUAACUGUAUUUAAAGGGUUAGUUUGAGCACUCUAGAAAUAAGCGAGCUGUUCACACUUAAAAAAAGUCCCAAUAACCUUCUUCAUCAGAAAAAAAAAAAACAGUUUUAACAUUUGUGUCCUGUUCUUUUCUAACAUUUUAGUAGGCAGCCGCUGGAGUGCAUGACCUCUCUAUCUGUGCAUGUGCAAGACAAAAAACUGAAUAUUACAGACGAGAUUCUCUAACAACUCCCUUCUCCUACCUCCUACGGGCUGCUUCUGAGUCCUGCGUGGUGCUGGUCUUGCCAACAGAGCUCAGAGCUGGAGACAGAGCGGGAAAAAAAAAAAAAAACAUGCAAACGACUGUCCGGCAUAGCCAGGGAGACAGACAGCAAGAGAGAGAGAGAGAUGGUGGACAGGAAUUGGGGUAUUUUUUUUUUUUCAGAGAAUGAUGUGGUUGGAGCCUUGCGGCAGUCACUUAACAAGACAGGGGAGAAAGAGAGGAACACAGGGAGAAGAGAGAGCAAAAGAGCAGCAGCAGGGCCAGGGCUCCUCAGGACUCAUCGCCAGCUUCUUCUUGAUUGCCUGCUGGAGAGCGAUCUAGCCGCCCCUCACAUUUCCACCCUUUUCUCUUACACUCUUCACUCCUCUGAGAAAUGACCACCAAUUUGCCCCUCUCCUCUGAGAAAGCCCCCAAUCCAAUCUUGUCCUUUUUUUUUUUUUUUACCUCCGAACACAUGGGCUCAGGUGCAUUCUGCUACCUAGUGACGGAGGCCUGUGGAUGCCCAGGAACACGUCACUUAGAGCGCCUCAUUGGUGCAGACCACUGGAGUGAAUCUUUAAUAUUUGAUUAGAGGAGCGUCAAGCAUCAAUUAUUCUGUAAUUCUACACAGCAACACAGAGGGAGAAGGGGAUGGCAAACGGUUGAAGCGGUUGACCUGUUAAUCACUGUCCAUUUUGUUUACGUCACAGAGUGAGUGAGUACACUAGAUGUAGAGAAGAGGAAGGGAGGUUAAAAAAAAACACACAUGCAAAUACUCCAGUUAAUGUAGCUCAUGAAACAAAGUGGGAUGAAAAUGUUUGAUGGGAAUUUUUUAGGAAUAUGCAGAUAGAAGAAUAAUGCACACAUACAGUACAUGGUUUUGUAUAGAUGCUUCAGUCUCAUGUGUUAUGUUCUAAAAAAAAAAAAAAAAAAAAAACCCUCAUUAAAUUUGAACUGGAACCUGUGAAAUGUCAAUGAUCCUGAAAAAAAAUACUGUUUUCCAUUGUGCCAAUUAUAAUUUUACAGUCUUACGAUAUAAAUAAGCUUGAAGAUCUGGUGAAUUAAGAUUUUUGUUCUCACUUAUGUUUUCGUGUAUCAAAUGAUUUAUGUGUGUGUCUUGAAGAGCCCAGGUUAUGGCUCUGGCUCUCAGACGCGUUGCAUGGCUACAUAGUCGCACUGCAAGGAACAACACUUUGGUAUAAAAUGGUGAUUUGGAAGCCUCAUGAAUACUGUAUGUUACCUGAACAGAUGUUUCCCAUUUGCAGACAGGAGGAAAAAACACGGUCCUCUUUUUAAAAGACUCUUCUUUUUUUUUUUCUUUGCCUUUCUUUUUUUGCCUCUCUUGUAUUUGUUUCUGUAUCAUAACUGUCUAUUGUUUUUGCAUAAAAUGCAUAAGGGUUUUUGGGAUGUAAAUGGAAUUUUAUUCAUAUUUUGUCCAAAUACCUCUUGUAAUUUGUAUCAGAAUUCUUGUACAAUUUUUAUAUUAAAGAUUUAUCAGUCACUGGCA